AAAGUGUUUGUUGAAAAAUUGCAAUUCUACACAAUAACUAAUCAAAAAGAAAAUUCAAAAUAAUAAUGAAUUAAAUAUAUAUUGAAAUGGAGAAUAUGUGUUUAAGAAGAAAGUGAAAUAAAUGCCUAAGUGAUUUAAAGAAAAUGUAAAGUGUUUCGGUGUGUGGCUUCAUUUCCUUUUGCGAAAAAGGUUCAGCCAUUAAAUAACACAACGACAACAGCAACAACAACAGCCACAGUCAUCUACCACACAAUCUCAACAUUAGCAUCAACAUCAGCAUACAGGAACCUGCUCAGCGCUUUGGCUGAUAACAUCGGCGGCGCUAACAUUGUCACCUCUCGGCUUGUUUGCUUGCGAAACGUCGCAUCUCCGCACCAUCGCGUCACGUACACGCGUGCCCUCUCACCUAUGCGCCGCUCGGACCUGAUAGUCGCGGUGUAUUUGUAUUAAAGUGUGUGUUGUUGGUUUUUGUGUUCGGUUUAUACGAGUAUGUACUUAAGCUCAUAAACGGAUUUAAGAAAUUCAAAAAAGGAAAAGGUGGCAAACGAGUGAGCGGGAAGCAGCCGUAACGAGUAGACGUUGCGAAAGAGACAUUAAAUUAAUUGGGGCUUUUGUGUGAAAAUGGGUGAUUAUCAUCAUGAAUUUACGGACCAAUAUAGGGUGCCGGUCAUCGCGAAACUUCUGCAUGCAUUGCCGCACUACAACAUCACUUUCCACAAAAUCAACAGCACAUUUCGCCCGAAUGAUGAAAUCUAUUUGGAGAGUUUGGGUAUAUUGGGUUCCGUGCCGGCCGCGCUCCUCAUCAUAUCACUACUUGGAUUGCUGCUCUACUUAAUGACACGAUGUUGUGAUAGAAAACCACGACCAGCACAUUCCAUUACGAGUUUGAAAGUUGCACUCUCCAUUGUAACGGUAAUGUGCUGUGCGGCGAUAGGACUCGGCUUAUAUGGCAACGAUGAUCUACACAAUGGACUGCUGGAAGUGUUGACUGCCGGACGCAAGGUUGAUAAUCUGGUUACCACCAUACGAAAUCAGACGCACAUACUCGAGAAUACGUUGAAGAAUCGCAUACGGCCACAGCUCGUUGAGUUGGCUGAUAUCUUUGAUCAACCUGUCGCCAAUCAGACUGCGCUCUCCAUACUCUUCGUGUCACUGAACAUUGUGCAGGGCAAUGUGACGCUGGCCACUAAUGCGGCUGGUGAUAUACGUCGACCGUUGUUGGGUAUUUCUAUGACACAGUUUUUGUCGCGUGGCGAUCAGUGGGAACUCAUACGCUGGCCGGGCACUGUGGCCACACUGGCGCUGCUAUUGGUGCUGUGCGCCGUCUUAUUGGUGGGCGUGGCACGUCAUUCACGUUGUGCACUCAUUUUAUUCAGUGUUUGUGGUCUACUUGCCGUAACUGGUUCUUGGCUAAUGUCUGGGCUCUACCUCUCAUCUUCCGUUGCUGUGGGCGAUCUUUGCAUUAAUCCGGCUGAUUUCUUAGUCUCCACUUCACCACGUGAUCUUCCCACGAAUGUGCUACUGCAUUACACUCAAUGUGAACCCGGCCACACCAAUCCAUUCACGCAACGUUUGCGUGAGUCGCAAAAUUCGCUGAACAAUGCACGCAGCGCCAUGGCUACGGUGAUGAAAAUAUCAUUGGUGCUCUUCAAGUCGUCGGGGUUGCAACCCAAAUUGGGCGCGGUCAAUGCGGAUUUGAAUAGCAGUGAACGGUUGCUCACCCAACUCACUGCCUUGGUGGAUUGUAAGGCUGUACAUCACAAUUUCUUGGCUGCUGCAAGAGGACUCUGCGAAGGUGGCCUACUCGGUUUGGUCUUGAUGUUGAUUGCGAGCUUUAUUGCUGCGAUCCUUUUAACGAUUAUGGUUUGGGUUGAUUCGCACACAUGGAUCUAUAUACGUAAGCGUAAUGAUUAUGCUCAAGUUGAUGAGCCGUCGUAUAUUUCACAUCCGGCACCACAAAAUCAUCAGCAAAUGAUGAAUGCGGCACGUACGCUGCCGCGCAACCACAACGGGCACUUCAGUCCGCCGGUGAUCAGUGGCUCGCACACCUUGCAGCAUCCGUCUAAGCGACAGCAGCACGAGAUGAUGGCGCACGCGCACAUGCAGCAGAACAUGAGGGCUAUGGGCACGCAUACGCUGGGUCGUUUGCCGUCGCACAAUCAUAGCCCUACCCACUUGACUGGUCCCAAUAACGCCUGUAGCGAUCCAGCACGAGGUCAACCGGCACUCCAGCAGCAACAACAAGCGGCACAACAACAACUCGCCCAGCAGCAAGCUCAACAAUUGGCCGGCCAACCGAUCUAUUGUCAUCAUCCGCAUCCACAUUCGCAUGCCGCUGUCGCCGCCGCGGUGCAACAUCAACAUGCCAUCUAUCAUCAACAGCAACAACAGGCCGCUCAACAAUAUGGCACCUAUGCCACAGCAGCUCAUCCUCAGCAUCACAUGACAGCUGCUCAGCAGGGUCAAAUAUAUCAACAAAUACCGGCUCAUAUUGCGGCGCUGCAGCCAAAUGGCAAUCCGCAUUCGAUCUACCAGCCGCUGGUGGCUGUUAGUCAAGGAUCAAUUUAUGUCUCGAAUAUGGCAACUAUGCGUCGUCAGAACUCACAGGGUCAAGGUCAUCCACAAAUACCGGCCCAUCAUGUACCGCCACAUCAGCAACAGCAGCCACCACCACCAAAUCAACAGCAACAACAGUCACACAAUCAAAUGAAAUCGCCACAGGAUGGUUUGCAUCAUCGUGAUAUACCAGCCACAUCGGGCAUGGAUACAGCAAUCUAUGAUCGUGAUAAACAGAUCUACAAGUGUUCAACACUGCGUCAAGGUGGCAAAUUCGAUCCCAAGUAUAAGCCAUCGAUACUGAAUUGCCCAUUACCUGAGAUACCGAAGGACGCAGAGCCAGCCCGGGUUGAGUCUAUUUAUCAACAGCAACAGAGUUACUCGAAGACGCUGCAACGGCCACCCAUGAAACUGCCACCACAGAUGAAAGCCAUACCACCGCCACGAAUUGGCACACCCACAUCGCCACCGCCACCGAACGCGAAUGCGCACCCCGAACACCAACAACAUGCGGCUACGCAGCAACAACAACUGCAACAACAACAACAAAUGCAAAAUGGUGCAGCGACUGUGGUGGAUAAUCGACAGUCGAACGACGAUUCAUCAUUACCGCUGCCACCACCGCCACUCGAAGCCACAACGGAUGUGGGCAAUAUCGGUGUGAGUAGUGGUGGUGUUGGCAUCGGUUCACCACCCAAAGCUGGGCAUGGUUUGAAUAACAAUAAUAACAACAACAUCAACUCGAAAAGUAACAACAGCAACAAUUGUCAACAAAACAACAGUAACAGCAACAACGGCAGCAUCAACAACGGUAGCAGCAAUGGCAGCAGUAGCAACAAUGGUGGCAACAAUGCCGGCAGCAACAAUAGUAACGGCGCCAAUACAUUGCCGUUACACAAUGGCAGUUCGGCGAAUAAUAUGGAUGAUGAUGACGACUUGCCGCCACCACCACCGCCCGCCAUCACAGACGACUCCAACUAUGCAGUGACGGAACUGUAAGAAAGGCAACGACCCAAAAACGAAUGAGCGCACGAGAACAAAAAGCAGAAAAUGAAAAAAUACGAAAAAAACAAUUUCUUUGAAAUAGUUUAAGUGAGACUUUUGACUUCAAGACUAAUUGGUCGUAUGUGGGUGGAAGGAUGUCGGGUGUGAAGAAAGCAAUAAGUAAUGUACUCGUAGUCUUGCGCGCGGCUAGCGGUACACACUGCCGCUGUGUCGUUGUGUCGUUGUUUCAUAGUUCGUGUAGUUGUAGUUUUUAAGAUUCCAGUUAAUGUUGUUGUUACGAAUCUGGGUAAUAUAAAGGAUAAUGCAUAGACCUAAAUACAUACAAACAUACAGACAUACAUUUAUAGAAAUAUAUGUAUAUGCAUACCAUAAAUAACAAAAGAUGAGUAAUACUUAAAUCGAGUAGAGAUAAGCAUGGAGACAUACAUAAAUACUAAUGUGUAAGCAUAUAUAAACACACACAGCUGUUUGUAUGUGUGUGACAUACAUUAGUAAGCAAAUAAGCAAAUAAGUAAAUAAAUAAAUGAAAAAAAAUGUAACUACAUAGUUGAAAGGAAUUAAUGAGAUUUAAUGGUGCAUUUAAAUAUAAAUUUGUUACAACUAUACAAAGAAACGACGUUGAAAGUAGACUAUUGCCGCAGAGCAAUUCGUGAAACUUAGCGAAAAAAUGAAAAAAAAAAAAAAUGAGAAACAAACGUAUGAGCGUUCAGCAAUGCUACUGGCUAAAUGAAGAAAUGGUGAGAAAUUAUUUGUGAAUAUGUAAGAAACGCUAAAAAAAAUAAAUAAAUAUAAAGUGUAAGUAAACGGAAGAAACGCUGAAGACAUAAGUACUUCGAUGUGGACACAAUGCAUGUGUAAAUGCAAAAUUAUAUUUUUUACGAAAUAUUAAAUUUUUUAAUUAAUAAAUCUUUGAAAUAUACAUUAUAUAUAUUAUUUAAUAUAUUUUUAUUACUUAGAAUUUUUAUUUAAAAUGUAUUAUAACUAAAAUCGGUAAUUCGAGAACAGUGGCUCUCGCUUAACGCCUAAAAGUAUGCAACGAUUUUAAUACUGCGCACAAAAUGUCGUAGAAUCUCGCUCCAACAAUUGCUAUUAUUAUUAUAUUUUAUUUUUAUUAUUAUAUUUUAUUAUUAUUAUUUUAUUAAAUUAAAUUAUUUUAGAUUCAUUUAAUAUUUAAAUUAUUUCUAGCAAGUCCAUAAACAAUACAAGACGUCAAUCAAACAUAUGCGUUGUAUGUAAAUAGAAAAGACAACAUUUUAUUGAAAAUAUCUGUAGCAUAGCACGGUUUUUAUUAGAAUCUAUGUACAUAGACCUACUUAUACAUACAAUACUAUAUAUACCGUACUUAUAAGGGUAGUUGUAAGUAAGCAAUGAACUUAUAUAGGGUGUAUCAGCAGGAGAUGAUGGCAAACCCCUUUUUUGCUUUAUAAAAAAAGAUGUCAAAAAUGUAUGGGGCUUCACAGGAGAAUAAGUGGAAUAUUGGAAAAAAAGCAGAGAGAAAGUUUCCAAUAAAAGAAUGUGUAAAACGAUGUGGUACCGAAGAAGUGGUAAUGCUCUGGUAGAGAUGUGAAGCGACUUAUUAACUUACUAUUUUAUAAUCUGACAAAUAGGGGUUUUGUAACGCGCAACUCCUGCUGAAACACACUUUAUAAUCAGAAAUUAAAUAAUUUAAGAAUAUACUUUUGGGGAAAAACACAAAAAUCGACAUUAUAAGAUCUUAAAGUUUAAGUUUUCCUGCUGAAUUUUUUAAAUUUGCUAAUUAUUUUGAUCAGAUGAAUUUCAUCUUAAUUUGUAAGAAUUUCAUUCCAUUCAAGUAUAACACUUUCUAAACGUUUCUAACACUUUCUCACAAGCUCCCUAGUUCAGAAUUAAUCUAUAUAGGUACAAAUAAGAAGUAUAAUUUAGGAUUUUUAUGUUGAAAGAAACAUAACAAAUAAUGAAGCUUAUUAUACACCAAUAGAGCAAGAUCAGCGCAAUAUCUGCGCUAUAGUAUAGUGAGUGCGAAUCACAAAAUUAUACCAAUUAUUCAAACAAACUGACAUCACUUGCGAUCCUCAGAAGGAAAAAAUUUUUUCAACAAGAGAGCAGCGCUCAUAGGGAAAGUAGUAGAGAAGUUGGAAAUGGAAGACACCUGUAACUUACGAGUAUAUGUCGUUAAAUACUUAUAUAUGUUGAAAUCGGUCAAUUCGAAAAAAAUCGACAAUUUUUUUAUACUUUUAUAUGAUAGGAUACGUUCUUAAGAAUGUUAUCUAAAAUUUUUAUAGCGAUUUUUUGCAGUAGAAGCGAAGUUAUAGCGUUUUGCAACUUGCUCCGAUUUCAUUUUUUCGUUUAAAUUUUCAUAUCAAUGUUUUGAAUUUUUCAUUACAUUUUAUCAGAUGAAAAAUGUAGCAUUUUUGAGUAAAUCGUUCCUGUUUGUAUAAAAAAAAUGUUUCUCAUAUCAAUGAAUCGUUCAAGGACACCACAAGUCCCCAUACUAACGAAAUUUGUUUGGUUUUAUGUUUUCAGUUGAGCUGAUGAACUGUAAUCGUAGUCACGGCAAAUCUCUUAAAAGACGCAUUUUGCAUAAAAUGUCAUAACUUUGGCAAUUAUUAGUAUUUUUUAUAUUCUUGGGCUGAUUUUACAGAUUAGACAUUGUACUACGCAGUGGUAAACCAAGUAUUCAAUAAAAAUAUGGAUACAUACCUAUAAAGAAAAUCAAAAUUUUUGCAAUUUUUCCGCACCUCAACAUAUAUAACCUCUUAAAGAGUUCUUUCAAUUAUGACUUCUUCUUCUAUAACACUGAAACAAUUAAUAGUUUUCCAAAAUUCAAAUUAUUCUGAAAUUACAAUUUCCCCCCUUUCCGUAUAUAUUUAGCUUCAUAACCAUGUUGAGAACUACAAGAGCACAUGAUAGUGGGACCAAAAUGCAUUUAAGUUAUAUCAUUAAACUAUAAAAACAGGAAUUUUUUAAUUAAUUUCUUGUCAAUAUUUAUCUUCAAUUUUCAGUCGAAAUUAAGAUAUAAUGAGGAAAUGUGUUUUUACCCCAAUUGUGUAAUCUUAAAAACACUGUAAAUAUUAAAAAACGAAAUUCAUGCAUUGGAUACUCUUGCAUUCACUUCAAACAGACCCACUUGAAAUAAGAAAGAUCAGCAAAUAAAAAUAAAUGAAGAAACACCAAACCGAUUAUAUACUUAUAUAUUAUAUAGAAAACGGUUAACUUACACCAAUAUUAAUUAAUAAAAUUAAGUAUGUGGCAUAGUUUUAAAGGGACUUCCAACUGUAACAGAGAUCCAAUGCAUUUAAAGGCAAAAAAACAAAACGAAGAAAAAUAUAUAAAAAUAUUUAAGCAUAAAAACAAAACAACGUUCGAAUAGUCUACAAAAUUGUCAGCAACUAUAUGAAAAAUAAAGAAAAAUUUAAAACAAAAAAGGGUGCAAAGUUUGGCGACGAUUUGGUAAAUAAAUGCGACAUAGCAUGUUCUAAAUAUGACUAAUUAUGUACUAAUUGCAAUAAACUGAUUAAUGUAACUGAAACAAAACACUGCUAAAGACGUUAACGAAUGACUUUUGUAUAUAUAUACAUACAUAUAUAUAUACGCAGUAACCAAUUUACCAAUAUUUAUAUAGUUAUACAAAUAUUAUGAUAGCGCAUGCUUACAUAACUAAUAUAAUUAAAUAUAAAUGAAAUAUACUACUACAUAUUUAAUUAACGAGAAAUUAAUAAAAACAAAUUGAUAAUUUUAUUAACGAAUUCUUUUGAUAAAAGCCUCUACACAUACACGUACAUACACAUCACAUACAGAUUUACCAUACAAACACAUAUACACACUAACAAAUAGUUAAACCAAUAAACUUACACGCUCAUACACAUAUUAUAUAUUGUAUGUGUUUUUGUAUAGAAAUUUUUACAUACUUACUUGAUAUAUACAUACUUAAAUACAAAAUAAAUAUUAUAUACAAAACAGCAAUACAGAAAAAACAUAUUAUAUAUAUUUACAUUAUAGCUGCUUUUCAUAAGCGAGUAGCAAAAGAAUGCGCAAUUCGGUUGAAAUUUUGACGAUAAUUUUGAAGACAUAAUUUUUUUCAAAAUUUAUGUGAGAGAGAGAAGUGAUUUUUUGAAAAUUUUUAACAAAUCUAAAUAAUUUUUGAAAAUAAGCGAGGUUAUGUUGUUGUUUUAAAUGCAUUUUCUUACUUUGGCGUGUAUUCUUUUGUCGCUCGCCUACCAGAGAACGUGGCUAUAAUGUACUAAAAUGCAUACACCAAUAACGGCAGUAAUUAUGUCUAAGAAUCCACACAGCGAAUGAGUGUCGAUUUGUUUGAGAUUAACAGUUUUACUAAUAUUGUAUUUUCGAGUGGUUUUUUAUGCAAUUUUUGAAGUUUUGAAAGCCGAAAAUAUUUGAUGAAAAUUUUGUAAUAGAAAUUUUUUUCGAAACUUUAUAAAACGUAUCAAAUGCUCACGUGACUUCAGUUUAUCGUAGCUUAAUGCAUUUCUCAUUUGUAUACUUUCAACUUUAUU